AUGGAUAGCUUAGAAAGUGUCAUCAUUGAAGAUGGUUCAGAGUCAAUUUUUGAGCAAGAAUUUUAUUCCUCUAUUAAUUUGCAUGAAGUUACAUUUCCAAGCACAUUGAAAACAAUUCAAGCUUAUGCUUUUUUCAAUACAGGAUUAAUUUCUAUUGAUAUACCAAACUCUGUUUUAUCAAUUGGAAGCGGAGCAUUUAAGAAUUGUUAUUCAAUAAAUCAAAUAACAUUUGGUGAAAAUAUAGAAGAAUUAAACGACUCGGCUUUUAGCAAUUCAUUCGAUAACGCCAUCAUCAAUCUUCCAAAUAAUUUGAAAACAAUCAAAAAUGGUUGUUUUAUGAAUUCUUCUAUUACAAAAGUGACCUUUGGGACCUCUUUACAGUAUAUAGGUUAUUACUCAUUUUAUGAUUGCAGACUAUUAACAAAUAUAGAAUUCCCUAACUGUGCAAUAACUCUUGAUACUUAUGCAUUUAGUGGUUCAAAUCAAAUAAAAGAAAUCACAAUUCAUUCGAAUAUUACUUUUAUUGGAUAUAAUUCUCCAUUUUAUAAUAUAGGACUUCUCAAAAAAGUUAUAUUUAAAGAAGGAGUCAAAACAAUCUAUCCGUAUGCAUUUCAUAGAUGUUACAGUUUAAGCGAUGUAAUUUUCCCUGAUUCUCUCACUAAUAUUUCUUCAUAUGCUUUCUCUGAAACUAAAUUAUCAUCAGUAGUUUUUCCAAAUAAUCUAACAACAAUUGGAGAUGAUGCAUUCAGUAGGUGUAGAUCAUUAUACAAAGUUAUAAUUAAUGAUAAUUUGUCUGUCCUUCCAUCUUCAUGUUUUAUGUAUGAUAUUAAUCUUACAAUAUUAGUUCUACCAAAAAAUUUAACAGUGAUUGAGUCACAUUGUUUCGAAGGAUGUUAUUCUCUCAAUUUAACAAAUCUUCCAUCAUCAAUACAAGAAUUAGGGUCAUAUUGUUUUGAAAAUUGUUAUUCUAUUAAUUUAACUUAUCUGCCAUCAUCAAUAGAAAUAUUACGGUCUUAUUGUUUUUAUAAUUGUUAUUCUAUUAAUUUAACAUAUCUUCCUUCAUCAUUAAAAAAAUUGGGGUCAUUUUGUUUUUAUGGUUGUUCUUCCAUCAAUUUAACAGAUUUUCCUUCGACUUUAAUUGUAUUUGGAGAAUAUUGUUUGGCAAAUUGUAAUGCAUUUGAAUCGAUUAAAGUAUUAUCUAAUUGGACAAGAGGUAGAGGAUGUUUUUCUAGCAAUGAAAAUCUCAAGAAAGUUGUUUUCGAUCAAAAUAUUACCACAAUAGUUGAGAGUGAAUUUUACUUAUGCCCAAAUCUAACAGAAGUAGUUUUGCCAGAAGCUCUUAUGACUAUUGAAUCAGGUGCAUUUUCAUUUACAGGAUUAACUUCUGUUAUUCUACCAGAAAAUGUCUCAUCUCUUGGGAAUAAUGCAUUUUCUAAUUAUCUCUCAUUGAAACAAUUCGAAUUUGAUGAUAAUUUAACAACAUUUGGGGAUUAUUGUUUUCAAUUGUCUCUUUAUUUAGAUGUUCUUACUUUGCCUGCAAAAUUAGAAUCAAUUGGUAUAAAAUGUUUUGAAGGUUGCUCGUUUAAUUCAGUAAUAUUUCCUGAUUCUCUGAUGUAUAUUGGCAAUUAUGCAUUUGCAAGUGCGAAUCUUACAUCAUUAGAACUACCAAAUAGAUCAAUAGAAAUAGGUUGUAUGGCAUUUAAAAAUAAUUCAAUAACAGAGCUUUUCAUUCCUGCAAAAGUAAAAUUCACUGGAGAGGGUCAAAUAUAUCUGCACGGUUAUUAUGAUCCAGUAUACAGUUAUUACGGAUAUAUUUAUGGGAAUGGUUGUUUUCAAGAUAAUGUAUAUCUUUCAAAAGUUGAAUUUGAGGAAGAGAUCAUAGAAAUAUACUCUGGAGAAUUUUUUGGUUGUUCUAAUUUAACAGAAAUAAAGUUGCCUCAAUCUUUGAAAAAAUUUGGGGCAGUUUGUUUUGCAUAUACUGGGAUCAGAAAUAUCACACUUACAGAUAGUAUUAUUGAAAUUGAAACAUAUGCAUUUGGACACUGUCAUUCAUUGAAAGAAUUUAAAUUCAAUAAUAAUUUUAACGUUCUUCCUGAGUAUUGUUUUAUGGACUCAUUCAAUUUCUCUGAUUUGAUAAUUCCUAAUUCAGUAACCGAAAUUAAAGCAGGAUGCUUUAAAAAUUGUCUAUUAAAUUCUAUUGUGCUUCCAACAUCACUUUCUUAUAUUCGAAAAAAUGCAUUUUAUAACUGUACAAUAAUUAAACCUUUUCAGUUUCCAAAUAGUGCAAUAUCCAUCGAAGAAUAUUGUUUUAGUCUUAGCACUAUCGAAGAAUUAAAUAUAUCAUUUGACAAAAGGAAUAUUGGAAAAUAUUUCUUUGCUGGUUGCCAAAAUCUUAAAAAAGUUCGCUUUAGUAGUAAUAUUCAUUUUAUCGAGUUUGGUGAAUUUGCAAAUUGUAUCAAUCUUAUAGAUGUUGAAUUGCCAGAGUCUAUUACUACUAUUCGUGAUGAAGCAUUUAUGAAUACAGGAAUUGUAUCAAUUAAACUUCCAGACAAUUUGACAACAAUUGAUUUUUGUGCUUUCAAAAACUGUAUUCAUUUAAAAAGUAUAACGUUUGGAAUUAAUACUACAUUUAUCGGUGCUUCAUGUUUUGAGAAUUCCUUCAAUAUGUCAUCUAUUAUUUUGCCUCCAAAUAUGACUACAAUUUAUGGUAAUUGUUUCAAAAAUGCACAACUCAAUUCCAUUGAGAUUCCAUUCUCUGUAACUUCUAUUGGUGUCAGUGCAUUUGAAUAUAGUUAUCUCCCUGAAAAAUUGAUAAUUCAUGAAAAUAUUAAUACAAUAAAUGUAUUUGCAUUCCAUGGAGUUCAGAAUGUAAAAUGUAUUGAAUUUCUUGGAAUAACAAAUGUUGAUUUAUCUGGUUUCGAAGAAUGUAAGGAUUUGAUUGAAGUUACAUUGCCAAAGGAAGGAAGACUCAGUUUUGAUUGUUUCAAAGAUUGUACUAAUCUUCAAACUGUUCGCUCGACUCCAUCACUCAACAUAUUAGAAAUCCAAGGAAAUGCUUUCGAAAACUGUUAUAAUCUACAAGAUUUUCCAUUUGCAAGAAUAGAUUAUAUUUAUGAAGAAACAUUUAAGAAUUGUACAAGCUUGAAAAAUAUUGAUCUGAGAAGCAUUCAUUCAAUUGAUAGUAUGGCAUUUUAUAAUUGCACUAACAUUCGAUGUGUGCGAAUAGGAGAUGGUACAUAUAUAGGAUAUUCAUGUUUCCAGGAUUGUAUCAAUUUAAAGUAUCUUUAUAUUGGAAAGGACUGUAAUAUUCACUAUUAUUCAUUUUAUAAUUGCGAACAAAUUAAAUAUCUAAUCAUUGACUCAACAACUGAAUUUAAUCAUUAUGAUGAAAUAUUUUCAAAUAAAAUAUCUAUUGCAGUACAUAAUGCAGGCCCUGAUAAUUAUGCAGAUAUAUGUAAUAGAUUUAGUGAAAUGGGAUCAAAAUUCCAUUUCUAUGGACUCAAUAGAGAAUAUUUCAACGACGCAUGCAAUAUUCCUAUGCUUCCUGCUCCAAACGACAUUAAUUUAGCUUAUUGUCGAGGAUAUCCAGAAACUCUUUUGCAUGAGCGAGAUUUUUCAAAAUAUCAUUUUGAAUUUCUUUAUCUUUUAUCAACAUAG